AUGAGCGAGGCUUCUCGUGGCGCUCAAGAGUCCAAUGCCCCUGCGCAACGUGGGGGAAGGCGCAGGGCCAGGAAGUCAGCACGAGCGCGCCCCACCCGCAGGAGUUCAAAAGUACCUGCCGUUCCAAUAACCAACACUGAACCUACCGGAGAGGACCCUCAGGCCAGUAGUGCGGGGGUUCUUCACAGCGCGCCAGAUCGCGAGAAUUUCCAGGACCCUGGUUCUUCCUCGGCGGCAGCAUCAAACAGUGUCGGGCCUCAACCACCGUUGACGUACUCUGUGGAGGAACAGGAGCCAGUGUUGUACAGACCUCGUAACUGUCCCAAUGUUACUAUAGAGGUUCCCGUGCGAGCAGUAGUGGCCCCUAUGGAGGUCCGGUCAGAGCCAGAUAAGCAGUCCAAGGAGGAGUCAGUUUUUAGUAUCGGGGGGGACCAGAUACCGGACAGUCCCCGCGAUUAUCAGAAGUUUGCGCCUUUGCCCGGGCAUGAGGAAACAGACGACGACGCGGAGGAAACGGGUGACCAUGAGGGAACAGAAGGUGGUGGGGGUGAAGAGGGGCCCCAUGAGGGCAUUGGACAAGAAGUGGCCGCGGAGGUACAACACGACCCAUCCUCCUCAGCAGGGCCAUUAGGUAACUGGUGGGGGGGUGAGGGCGAGGGCGAGGGUGAGGACAUAUUGGAAGUUAAUCCUUUUGAAUUUCUCUGCGAUGACCCCGAGACAUACGAGAUCCAUCUAACACCUGUGUUCCCAGAAAGUUUGUCAAGCCCGCCAAAUAUGACAGACCCUCCUCUACCAGAAUUCCGCUCAGAGGCGACUGAGGCACUGGAUUUGAUUUUAGGCCUUAAUCCAGAGCCUCCAUAUGGUGUUGAUAUCGCUCAACUUUUCGCUGAUGCUUUGGGAACUUCCCCAGACUCACAACCUUCACCUGCUGGCCCCCCCGGUGUGGGGUCCCAGUUAUCAGCCACUCUUGGGGGGAACACUGUUCCUCCUCCCCCAGUCAAUUCUGCAACGGGUGCGACCCAACCGGUGGCCCUUACAAUCGGUCAUCAGGGCACUCCAGAAGCUUUUCUGGGAUCCUCUGUGUCCGAUGGACUAUUACCGGGCCCGAGCACUGGCGGAAGCAUUGAAAGUCAAGCUGCAGGCGAACUCAGCCAGCGUUACUCCGCCACCCGCCCACCUUCAAGACGCCAAACCAUGUCACCCAACCCAUGGGUCGUUCCAAGGGGAGAUCCGAUCAUGACAGGACUACUAAUGGCCGGGCCGUAUUCAGCUCCCCGGAGAGAGCAGGAUUUCAGCGGUGCUUUUCGCCCAGGCAGCCAAAAUCCCACACUCUACGAUCCAGAGAGUGAUCCUUAUCGUGAUCCACCCCUCACGCGUGUAAUGGGACCUUUGCCUCCAAACUCUAUUUGGAGGCGAACAUUUCCAGUCAAUACCGAUGCCGUCCAAUCGCCCGAGUCAGGAGGUUUCCCUUCUAACAGCAUGGGAGCGCCAGGACCUAUCGAUACAGGCUGCCCCGCCCCACCACAGAUCAACCCCUAUUCUACUUAUGCCUCAUACCCACCAUUGCCGCUUCCUCCUCGCGAGGAAACUCUGAGACCAUGGGCCAAUGAUAUCUCUGACUAUGGGGUUCAGUUCAUUUCGUUGAGAGAUUGUGAUUUGGGAGCGCUGGCUGAGUCUGUUGAGAAUGAGGUUAUCUCUGCAUUUUCACAAGAUUGGCUGGCUGAGUCCGAUGAAGGUGAAAGCAUGUCUGGUCUUUCAACAGGUUUGGCGGAGGGGAAUGAUUUGAACUCUCCUAGUGUUUCUCUGCAGAUGGGCGAUGUGUCUGGGCCUGGGAGUGAGAGUGGUGAGUUGCCUUUCUUGUCUUUCAGCUAGUUUUUACAAAGUUCCCAGUUCUCUCUAGUCAAUUAUUGCAGAUUUUAAUUGUAACAAUACUCAUUCCGGAAUGCAGACGAAGAUACACCUCAGCAUGAAGCCCAGGAAGCGGGCAUUGAAAGCAGCGGCUCAUCUGACCAACAACCAGCAACCAAGAGACAACGCAUUAACCAGCAAAACCAACUCCCUGAUCAUGUUCUAGGCACUACCUCUGCCAAGGAUGGACUUGACAUAGAUGAGCAUCCAUCUGGGGGCGGAAAGGAAAUCCCUGAUUGGGUUUUGGAUCUUAUGGCUGCUGACAAGGAGGAGGAGGAUAUCUUUGCAGGUGAGACAGAUUACGAGAUGGAAGAAGAGGGAAGCCUGUCGCCGCGGCGAUCUCAGGGGGGGUAUUCCCUAAUGGGAAAAGCAGUCUCGAGCGCCGAGUCCGCCGAGCCCGCCGAGCCCGCGGGGUCAGCUGAGUUUAUAAAAGGGGGUCAGGCAGUGGCCACUGGCACUUCUACAUCUGCACAACCUGGUGAGAAAGCAAUGACCAAAGUUCCAAAACCUGGUUUUUCUGUCGGUGUUGGAACAGACCCUCCUAACUUUAACCGCACAGACUACAAAUUCUAUCCCGACGACCCGGAUAGCGAUACCAGAUCUGAACGGCCAACCUUUGCAACACCUCCCAUAAACGCAGCCGAGUAUACGUACUUUCCGGACUCUAUGGAAGACGAACCCCAACCGCAACGGCGACCCCGUGGAAGGCCUCGUAAGAUUCGUGCCACCGAGCAAGUUGUGGCUCCGGCUCAGAAUCCCGUCGAGAAUACCCUUCAGGACCCGUUGGGAAAUACGGCCCAAAAUACUGUCCAAGACACCUUGCAAAACAAUAUGCAAACUACCAUUACUGAUGCUGGGCCUUACCAAGGCCGUCUGGUUCAUUUGGGAUGGCUUGUCCCAUAUCAGAGUAUGUGGUUCUGACUUCAAUGAUUGUUAACACAACUAAUUUGCUCUGCACAGAGGGUGAAGGUAUAUGCCUAGUGGGAUGUGAGAGUUUGCCCGGUACUAUUGGGUGCCUGAGAUGUUUCGACUUGAGGUUUCCGUAAGUUUUUUUCUUUCCAAAUGGGCAGUAGGUAUAAUUGCUAAGUCUAUUCUAGUGGCUAUAGGAAGAGAGAAAACAUGAAGUAAGUUCUCUGGUUCCGACAGCCCAGAAUUCACGAAUUUUAUUUGUUUCAUAUUUUUCUGAUAUACUGUUAUGUAUACAAAAACUAACGGUCGCAGCCCCUUGAUGAUUACCCGCCGCUUGGGCCCCGAUGAAUGCCCCACAGAGGGAGUGCAAGGGGCCCAAGAGCAGUCUGGUCUAUUGGCCCCGACUAAGGGUAAAGAAGCUAUCGGGCUCUCAAUCGGAAUGUCUACGGCACCUGCACAGAGGCGUCGCCCCGCUCAGGGGAAAUACCAAGCAGUCGAGUCCCAGGACGGUGAUGAAGAGCAGACCCAAUUGGGGAGUUCUAAGGCUUCGUCUAGGAAACGUUCACUUGUCACUAGUGCAGCUAAGCAGUCCCUCCCGCCAGCCUGGGAGCCGCGCGUGACUAGAUCCACGGCAGAGCUCUCCCCCCUACCGGCCAAGAGGACAGCUUCGGUUUCCUCUAAUACGUUAUCUACUGCGGGACCUACCCCCGGUCGCGGAUCUGCUACGAAAUCCACCGACCCCAAGAACCGCCGUAGUCAGGCGAGAGACGCAAGGGGAAAGUUUGUCUUGUCUACCGGGAAAGCGGGCGAUGCCUCUACUUCCACUGCGAAGACCCAGGCAAAGGCCAAGCAAACCCCGAAACGCGCAGGAACCACUGGUCCCCAAAAGUACACCGCCAAGGGCAAGGCUGUGCUCGAUUCUUCCGAGGAAGAGGAUCGCACCCCACCGUUCCCUGGGCACUGGUCUCACGAUAAUAUUGGCCCGGUCGAAUCAGAGUGCGAGGACGAGCCUCAAUCCGACGCGGAUUCCGCAGUGGAGGAAGGGUCCGAGUACGACGACGGGAACUAGGCUGACGGAAUCUUUGUAUAGCAUAACAAAUCAUGGCUCUUUGCGUUUGGGUAUCGCCUGUAGGUUAGGGACUGUUGGUGUCGUUCUUGGAUCUCCUGAUUGUGUCGUCUUUGAUACCUUUUAUGCUGUAUGGG